AUGCCGUUAGACGUAUCCUCUGUCAGCAUGCUCGAGGAUGUUGCUAUCAUUGACAUUAACAAUGUCUCUCCGUCUUGGAAUACAUACUGCUUUAAUCUUAACAUUAACACUCCAGGGAUGAAGAAAAUUGUCCUUCGAUUCAAGGAACCUGUCACUGUCCCUCAGCUUGUCCCAGACACCAAAGACUCAGAGAUCCUCUCUUCAGGUGUAUCCAAAACAGAGGAAGGCUUGCUCAAGACGGAGGCUAAAGAGGCCAGAAUCGAGGGGGGGCCAAAAAUCAAAUCCGAGGAUGAUGAUUUUGACUGCAUUCCUCAGACUUGUAUUGUAUCACCAUGUCGCACCCUUACCAGACAAGCUCAAAACCCAAACCCGGACCCAACAGAUCACUUCGCACCUUGGCAAUACAUUGUGCGCCCCUUCGAUGCAAAGAAUAUUCCCAUCGAGGCCAACAAAUGA